CAAAAAAUAGCUUUCUAAAACUAAAAUGGGUCUGAUUCUUGGCAAAUACUCAGGUUACAAGGAGUGGAGAGCUAGGCAAGUCCAAUUAAUAUCUGACAAGGUUUUUGACCGUAUAAAAAAUGAAGCUGGGAGACUGAAUCUGACCUUUGAAGAUCUUUACAUUGCCGUGCUGCUCAUCUACAACCGGAUUAAUAAACACUUGCCUGCACCACAUUUUGAUCCUCCUUCAAAGCAACAAGUCAGGGAUUUGAUAAAGAAAUGUGAUCUCAACCUAGACGGAGAACUCAGCCGCAAUGAGUUUCUCAGUUUCAUUAGGCAGUUGACAA